UUGAAGCCAGCUUUCAUGAAGGAGGUGGACAGUCACUUCACAGAGUUUGUCAACAGUUUGGUGGCAAAAUCAGCACUGCUGGAUUCCUCAUCUUCAACCUCCCUCUUCCCAGCUUCCUGCUCAGAGAAGGAACUGCACAAAGCUAAGACCUCGAGGGCCCCUCCAGAACAUGGAAAGAUUUUUACUGCCAGAAGGUCCCUCUUGGAUGAGCUGUUUGAAGUGAGUCACAUCAGGACGAUCUACCACAUGUUCAUUGCUCUUCUCAUUGUCUUCAUCCUCAGCACACUUUUAGUGGACUUCAUUGAUGAAGGAAGGCUGGUCCUAGGAUUUGAUCUCUUGGUCUUUGUUUUUGGGAAGUUCCCAGUCGUCUUCUGUACUUGGCUGUGCAUGUUCAGUGCCACGGUCAUUGUUCCAUACAACCUUUUUGUCUGGUGGGCACAAGGCUACUGCAGUUCCUCCCAUCGUGUAAUCCGCUCGCUCUUCUACGGGAUGUUGUUCACACUCUUCCAGACAGCUGGGCUUGGAUUUGGACCCACCUACAUCGCUGUGUCCUACGCCCUGCCGCCGGCUUCCCGCUUCAUUGUUAUACUGGAACAGGUUCGUCUUGUUAUGAAGGCUCAUUCAUUCAUCCGGGAGAAUGUGCCCAGAGUCCUGUCCUCUGUAAAGGACAAGUCCAGCACAGUACCUGUUCCCACAAUUUCUCAAUACCUGUACUUCCUCUUUGCUCCCACCCUCAUCUACAGAGACAACUAUCCCAGGAAUCCCACGAUAAGAUGGGGCUAUGUAGCUACCAAAUUUGCACAGGUGCUUGGUUCACUUUUCUAUGCCUACUAUAUCUUUGUGAGACUCUGCAUUCCUCAGUUUCGCAACAGUAGUCAAGAACCCUUCAAUCUGCGAGGGCUGGUCCUCUGCAUCUUCAACUCCAUUCUGCCAGGUGUGCUGAUCCUCUUCCUGGUCUUCUUUGCCUUCCUCCACUGCUGGCUUAACGCAUUCGCUGAGAUGCUCCGCUUUGCAGAUAGGAUGUUCUACAAGGACUGGUGGAACUCCACUUCCUAUGCAAACUACUACAGAACCUGGAACGUGGUAGUACAUGACUGGCUCUAUUACUAUGCCUACAGGGACUUCCUUUGGUUUUUUGGUAAGAAGUUCAAGGCAGCAGCUAUGCUGUCUGUCUUCACAGUAUCAGCUGCUGUGCACGAGUAUGUUCUGAGCAUCUGCUUCGGCUAUUGCUACCCAGUUCUCUUUUGCCUGUUUAUGUGCUUUGGAAUGGUCUUCAACUUCAUCCUUAAUGACCGUCGGAAAGGGCCUGUCUGGAACGUGAUCAUGUGGACUUCCCUCUUCCUGGGCCAAGGUGUCAUCAUUUGCCUAUACAGCCAGGAGUGGUAUGCCCGCCAGUACUGCCCCAUGGAAAAUCCCACGUUCCUGGACUACUUAAAACCACGCUCAUGGUCAUGUCACGUGAAGAUGUAGAAAUGGUAUGCUCUGGCUGUGUCAUCACAGAAAAUCAGAGUUGUCCUACAAGUAUUUGGACCAACAAUGUAACUCUCUAUGGACGUUUUCUAAGGGAAGUUGUGCCUCCUGAUUACUGGGGAGAAACUGCAAUUUUUUUUUUUUUUUUUUUAAAAUGACUGAGGCAAACCAGUUGAACUGGAUUGCCACAGGCUUCAUAGCCAGCAUCUACUAUGUGCUGUCCCACUUUGAGCCAUUUCUAUGCCAGUAAAGCAUUGAGCUGAAGGUGGAGUCUGCUGGAAUCCUACUCAUCCAGGGGUCACACCCAAGUUGCUGCUCUUCUGG